GGGGAGGGGUUUGCCGUCCGACUCCCUUUAAAAGUACCGGGAAAAGAGUAAAGGAGCGACUCCGGCCCGCGGCUUCCUAACUUGGAGCUCGCUUUCUCCAGCAGCCGGAGAAGUCCUCUCCCCCGCUCUGCUGCGGACGGGGCUCAACGCCGACGGGCGCAGAGGGGCCGCCGCGGAAAGCCCGAGCCCAGCCACGCCAGGGCGGACUCCUGCGGCCAAGAAACUCCUGCCUAUUGCUCCUAACCGCCCGGUGCCAGCUCCGGGAGGCGCUCCGGCAGAGGACGGGGAUGGAGAGGCACGGAGGCUCCCGCCUCUGCAGUGGUUUGGCUGUGCUCUGCCUUCUUCCCUGCCUAAGCCUGGCGCAGUACGAGAGCUGGCCCCACUACCCCGAGUACUUCCAGCAACCGGCUCCCGAGUACCACCAGCCUCAGGCAACCUCCGACGUCAAGAUCCAGCUGCGCCUGGCCGGGCAGAAGAGGAAGCACAGCGAGGGGCGGGUGGAGGUGUACUACGAUGGCAAGUGGGGGACUGUGUGCGAUGAUGACUUCUCCAUCCACGCCGCCCACGUCGUCUGCCGGGAGCUGGGAUAUGUGGAGGCCAAGUCCUGGACCGCCAGCUCCUCCUAUGGCAAGGGGGAAGGGCCCAUCUGGUUGGACAAUAUCUACUGCACUGGCAAGGAGACAACCCUUGCAGCCUGCUCCUCCAACGGCUGGGGUGUCACUGACUGCAAGCACACGGAAGACGUGGGUGUGGUGUGCAGCGAGAAGAGGAUUCCUGGGUUCAAAUUCGACAAUUUGUUGAUCAACCAAAUAGAGAACAUGAACAUCCACGUGGAGGACAUCCGGAUCCGGGCCAUCCUCUCCACCUACCGCAAGCGCAAGCCCGUGACCGAGGGCUACGUGGAGGUAAAGGAGGGCGAAACCUGGAAGCAGAUCUGCGACAAGCACUGGACGGCCAAGAACUCCCGCGUGGUCUGCGGCAUGUUUGGCUUCCCUGGGGAGAAGACGUACAACACCAAGGUGUACAAGAUGUUCGCCUCCCGGAAGAAGCAGCACUACUGGCCGUUCUCCAUGGACUGCGUGGGCACGGAGGCCCACAUCUCCAGCUGCAAGCUGGGCACUCAGGUGUCGCUGGACCCCGUGAAGAACGUCUCCUGUGAGAACGGGCUGCCGGCUGUGGUGAGCUGUGUGCCUGGCCAGAUCUUCAGCCCUGAUGGACCCUCAAGAUUCCGGAAAGCCUACAAGCCAGAGCAGGACCAUGUGUCUCUCCAGCAACCCCUGGUGCGACUGAGAGGUGGUGCCAACAUCGGCGAGGGCCGCGUGGAGGUGCUCAAGAAUGGAGAAUGGGGUACCAUCUGUGACGAUAAGUGGGACUUGGUGUCUGCCAGCGUGGUCUGCAGAGAGCUGGGCUUUGGAAGUGCCAAAGAGGCCAUCACUGGCUCCAGGCUGGGGCAAGGGAUAGGACCCAUCCACCUCAAUGAGAUCCAGUGCAAUGGCACUGAGAAGUCCAUCAUAGACUGCAAAUUUAACAUCGAGUCUCAGGGCUGCAACCACGAGGAGGACGCUGGUGUGAGGUGUAACAUCCCUGCCAUGGGCUUCCACAAAAAGCUGCGCCUGAAUGGGGGCCGAAACCCCUACGAGGGCCGGGUGGAGGUGCUGGUGGAGAGAAACGGGUCCCUCGUAUGGGGGAAGGUGUGCGGUGAGAACUGGGGCAUCGUGGAGGCCAUGGUGGUCUGCCGGCAGCUCGGCCUGGGCUUUGCCAGCAAUGCCUUCCAGGAGACCUGGUAUUGGCACGGAAACAUCGACGCCAACAAAGUAGUCAUGAGCGGAGUGAAGUGCUCGGGAACGGAGCUGUCCCUGGUGCACUGCCACCACGACGGGGAGGACGUGGCCUGCCCCCAGGGCGGGGUGCAGUACGGGGCCGGAGUCGCCUGCUCAGAAACUGCCCCUGACCUGGUCCUCAAUGCGGAGAUUGUCCAGCAGAGCACCUACCUGGAGGACCGGCCCAUGUUCAUGCUCCAGUGCGCCAUGGAGGAGAACUGCCUCUCGGCCUCGGCCGCCCAGACCAACCCCACCACUGGCUACCGGCGGCUUCUGCGCUUCUCCUCCCAGAUCCACAACAAUGGCCAGUCUGACUUCCGACCCAAGAACGGCCGCCAUGCAUGGAUCUGGCAUGACUGCCACAGGCACUACCACAGCAUGGAAGUGUUCACCCACUAUGACCUGCUGAACCUCAAUGGCACCAAGGUGGCAGAGGGCCACAAAGCCAGCUUUUGCUUGGAGGACACGGAAUGUGAAGGAGACAUCCAGAAGAGUUACGAGUGUGCCAACUUCGGCGAGCAGGGCAUCACCAUGGGCUGCUGGGACAUGUACCGCCAUGACAUUGACUGUCAGUGGGUCGACAUCACUGACGUGCCCCCUGGAGACUACCUGUUUCAGGUUGUCAUUAACCCCUACUACGAGGUUGCCGAGUCUGACUUCACCAACAACAUCAUGAAGUGCAGGGCCCGCUACGACGGCCACCGCAUCUGGAUGUACAACUGCCACAUAGGUGGUUCCUUCAGCGAAGAGACGGAAAGAAAGUUUGAACACUUCAGUGGACUCAUAAAUAACCAGCUCUCCUCGCGGUAAAGCAGUCUCCGUGGUCACCUCGUGCCUUUGGGCCACAGCGCAGCCUCCCCAACAACUGUGACCCAUCGCCACACUCCCCCUACCCAGCCCAACCCCUGCCCCAUCUCGACCCCUGAAGCCACGUCCAAACUCAGGAGGAAGGGCUGUUCCUGAUGCUGGAGCCUGGGAAGGCCUCUGGGGUGGGGCUCAUCCACAUGGCUGUGGGAGCAUUGCCAACAGCCACUUGUCCGGGACCCCAGGGGCACAGGGUGUCAUCCAUCCAAACCACACUCCACCCCGAGUCUGACACCUCCCCGCUCAGCUCACCACAGAUGACGUGGGGCCAUUUUCUUCUCAAGUUACAUUGGCAGUGUGACCAUAACCCAAGGUCAGGCCGAAUCCCAUUUUUCCUCUUAGGUUGUCUCCAGCCAACCUGAGUAUCUAGACCUCUAAACAAAGUCCUUGCUUCUACUCACACAUGUAAACAAUGCUGCCUCGUGCUCUCUGAGUGGGGAGCUCAGUCGGUGCUUCUCCCGCAGCCCGCCCCCCAUCCUCUUAUUUUUAAGAUACUGUUAUUCUAUUUUCACAGACUUUGAAACACAAAGUAAUUUAGUGGCAUUUAAUAUUGGGCAUCUGGGCCUUGGAAAGUAUAACUCAAAAGAAAAUCCACCUUACCUGUGUGAGUGGCUCAUCUUUGUUGCUCCAAUUCUGUGGAUUACUGAUUCAGAGGUGCUGCAACCAAGGUCCUGUGAUGAGGACGCUCACCCAACGCCUUGUGUCAUCAGGGACGCUUACACAUACUUGAAACUUUGAAUAAAAGGUUUAU